CGACGCACUAGUCGCGGAAGUGGGCUGUUCAACCUCACUUGCCGGAAGUGUGUGUCCGCGAGCACCUGGAUGUUCUUGAAGCUCUGCUUUCGGUGCUUCCCCGCCGCGAAGCCGGCAACAAUAUGCUUCUCUGACUCAGAUCCUUUACUUAAUAUACUAAUCAGAACUGCGUGGCAUCUUCCUGAGCAAGAUUUUCACUAGUGCACAGUAUGCUUCAUUUCAUCCAGAAGUUUUCUCGGGCAUCUUCAAAGAUGCUGAAGUUUCCUUUCACAGUCAGAAGAUGCUCCAGCACAAGACCAGAUAGAUGUUGUCUCAAGAUAUGUCUCCAGAAUUAUUUUCCCCCUUUGUUUCCAAGGCAUUGGCUUCUCUCAUCAUAUCCAGUGUCUGUGAACAGGAUUCAGUACUAUCAUACUUCCCCUUGCAGUUUUAAGAAGCAAAAGGAACCAGUACUUCCAGCCAGGCCACCGAGCAGCAUCACUUACCUCCCUGACAGCCCAAAGCCAGCAUUAUAUUUAACUCUGGCAGGACUAAUCCCUUUUGUUGCUCCACCACUGGUCAUGGUGGUAACAAAGUCUUACAUCCCUAUUUUAGCUCUUGUUCAAAUGGCUUAUGGAGCUAGUUUCCUAUCUUUCUUGGGAGGGAUAAGAUGGGGUUUUGCUCUAACAGAAGGCAGUCCUGCCAAACCAGAUUACCUUAAUUUAGCUAAUAGCACAGCUCCUCUUUUAUUUUCAUGGUUUGCUUUUCUUUUUUCAGAAAGACUCAGUGAAGCUAUAGUCAUAGUAAUAAUAGGCUUAGGGAUAGCAUUACACAUUGAACAUUUUCUUUUGCCACAUUAUCCCAGUUGGUUCAAAGCUCUGAGGAUAAUAAUCACUUUGGUAGCCUUUUUUUCAUUUGUAAUCACUUUACUGCUGAAAGAUAUUUAUCCAGAGAAAGGACCUAAGAGACCCAGUCCUGUAGGAUAAAUAUAAACUACACUGUAGAUGAUACUAGCUUGUGACAUCACCUUUUCCUACUUCUCUUUGACAUUUUUUACGCCCACCAAUGAUAAUGUAUUCAUUGUAAUUCUUGUGAAGAGAGGAAGAGUGUCUACUGUGGUUUCAAAAUGAAUCUUAUCCUCAUUUUACUUUAGACAAACAUUUUAUUUUAGACAAAAAUAAACAGUUUACUUGAGAUAUGAAGUCCUGUUGGUGUGCUACAACGUAAUAUUGCCAGUGAGUUUAAAGAUGGGAAUUUUUGAAACAAUGGGAAUGUCAUAUGAACAUAUAAGACUGCCAUCCACAUGCAACCUAGAAACCUAGAACAUCACCCCUUCAGACCUCUAAGAAGCAGUUAACUCUACCAAAAUCUUGGUUUCAGACUUAACUCCAAAACAGACGAUGAAUUCUGUUGUUUAAAUUUCUUUGGUACUUUGUUAUAGCAGUGAGAGCAGAUUAGUUCAUCAUGGUAUUGGACUUCACUCUGAUCAUUUAGAUUAUGAGGCAAAACCUGUGGCUGAAAUGACCUGAUUGAGAAAGAAAGCUCACACUCAUAAAAACCUUACUGUUUUAGUGAGGAAACACUGCUUCUAAGGUACUUAAAACUUGUUUUGUUUUUGGGUCUCACCCAGUGAUGCUCAGGACAUACUCUUGACUCUGCUCAGGGAUCACUCCUGACAGUGCUCAGGGGUCCCAUAAUCAUUUUCAAAUUUAUUUUCAGUGCAAAUUCAUUUUCAGAGUUAGGUAUAAGUCAUACUUUCAGGCAAAUUACUCAGUUUCACUAAAGUGCCAGAGAACGCAUUUUGCAGGUGAACUAUAGUGUUCUUUUUAGAAAAUUGAUUUUAUUUCUGUGGUUUUUUUACUUAAUAUAUUUUUUAAGUGGAUCACCAUGAGAUACACAAAUUUCUUCAUGAUAGGGGUUUCUCUGUAUUGCUUUUUGCCAUCACAGGGAUAUUGUGACUGGGGGUUGCACAUAUGCCUGGUUGUGGUGCUUGCUGGAGUCACACAUCUGGUUGCAGUGCUUGUACAUGCUGGCCACACUCAGUUGAGGCUUACAAGUUUUGGUUGUGCUGCUUGCAAGGUGUCAUACUUCCUGGCUGCAGCAGUCACACAUCUUUUGGUUGCUGUGCUCCCUUGCUGUUAGACUGCUUGGUGCUACGCAGUGUGACCUCCAGGACUAUGCUUGUUGUAUGUGCACACCAAUGAUGGGGACUUUUUUUUUUUUUUUUUUUGGGUGACAUCCAGCAAUGCUCAAGGGUUACUCCUGGCUCUGCACUCAGGAAUUACUUCUAGUGGUGCACAGGGUUCCAUCUGGGAUCCUGGUUGGCUGCGUGCAAGGUAAAUGUCCUCUCUGCUGUACUAUCGCUGCAGCCCCUAUGAUUGAAAUUUCUGACCCUGUGCUUACAUGGUCGGUGCUCUAAGUCGCUGCUUUAUUCCUCUAGGCCUUAAAAUUGAUUUUCAAGUAUUCAUUUUAAGUAUAUCAGACAGGAUAUUCGGAAGCAUUUUUCUCAAAUAUUUUGGUGGGAGAUCAUUUUAAUACUUCAUAAAAUUAAAUGAGCUUAAAAGUUCCUAUAAUUAAGAUACUAAAAAGCCUGGAUAGGCUUACUCUUCAAGCCCAUGUUCUCCUUUGAACACUUCUCUUGCUUACUUGUCUCUGUUUCUUUGCUUGCCUUUUUCCAUUCUGGAGAAGCCUGUGUUCUCUCUCGAAUAUGCACUUCAGCCUUUCUCUCUCCCGUCACAUCUGUCUAAAUAAGUUUCAAUAAAAACUUUCUAGCUUCACCAAAACUAAAAAAAAUAAAAAGCCAGGACAACCCUACUACAGUUUGGUGACCCAGAAACACUACUAAUUAAAUAAUGUGAAUAAAAGCAGAAAUCAAGUUACUUUAUUAGUAUAUUCAUUUUUAAAACAAUUAUCUUGGAAGUAAGCAUUUUACAAUCAUCCAAUCACCUAAUAUAGGAGUUCACCAUCACCUAUUUUCAGAGUUUAUCUAGAUCUAUUAAACCCAAAUCAUGAUUAUCUUGUUUUUACAUUUCUAUAACAGUAGAAAUUUAUCCCCUUCAUAGUGCCAUUUUAGCUGGGUGUCAGAUAACAAAUUAUUUCUAUGGCUAGUAAUAUUAAAGGCACAUGGGUCAAAGAUUAAGUUAUUUACAAAUUACCUUUUUAUUUUGGUUUUGGGGCAACACCUGGCAGUGCUCAGGGGAUGGUCCUGGCUCUGCACUCAGGAAUUACUCCUGGUGGGGCUUGGGGACCAUACAGGAUGCUAAGUAUUGAACCUGGUCGAACUGAAUGCAAGGCAAAUGCCCUACCCACUGUACUAUCAUCCAGCCCCUCUUGAUAUUUAAUUCCUUGAUAUUUUCAGAUUCCAACCAGGUGUGCAACUUACUUUUCAGAAUAAUCUAAGGAGCCACAGAUUUCAAUACACACUUCAUGAGUUUCAUACCUGCAUAUAGUUAAGUUAUGAAAAUAUUCUUAUGGGCCAACCUAAAUAUUUUGGAUUUGAGUGCUAUCUGAAUCUUUAAUGCUUAUCAAAGGAUUUCUGUUUUCUGGGCUUUUGUUUGUUUGUUUGUUUGUUUGUAUUUGCUUUUUGGGUCAUACCCAGCCAUGCUCAGGGGUUACUACUGGUUCUGAACUCAGGAAUUACUCCUGGUGGUGAUUGGGGGACCAAAUGGGAUGCCAGAGAAGUGCCCUACCCACUGUACUAUUGCUCUGGUUUCACCAAAGGAUUUCUAUCUGAAUAAGCUGCUGGGGCCAGGGAGAUAGCUCAAAGGGCUUGUGCACAUGCUUUGCAUGCAUGCAAGAAACCUGGGUUCCAUAACCAACUCCAUGGCUCUUCAAGCACCACUGGGAAUCGGUGCCAGAGUGGGAAGUAAUCCCUUAGCACUGCUGGGUAUAACCCAAUAACCAAAAUUGAAAACAAUAAGUUGCUGAUGCCCAUAAACAAUAUAUAUAGUAAAGGUAAAGAAUGUAGAGCACUUACUUUGCAUGUGUAAGGCCCUGUCUAAUCUUUAGCACUACUUAAAUAAAACUUUGUGUUUGCAGUUCUGGAAAUAGCACCCAGUUUCCAUACAUAAUAUGGUAUAUGCUCUACACCAGUACUAAAAACAAAAUGGAAUUUUGAGGCCAGAGAUAUAUAGUUCAGAGGUAGAACAUAUGCUUUUUGCAUGUAAGAGGCCUGGGCUUGAAUUCCUAACAAAAACAGAUGCAAAAUGGGAAAAAUGGACAACCGUUAUGAAACAUAAAACACAAAAUGGAAAAAUUAAAGAUAUGUAAACCAUCCUCAAAUCAGCAACGUAGACAUAAAUGUAGGAAAGACAAUAUUAGUUGGCUCCAACUCACAGAGGAAAUAAGACAAAAAUUAUGUACAUAAGUGGCUGGAGCAAUAGUACAGCAACUAAGGCACUUGCCUUGCAUGUAGCCAAUCCAGGUUUCAUCCCUAACAUCCCAUAUGGUCCCUGAGCCCCACCAGGAGCGCCCUGAGUGCAGAGCCAGGAGUAAGUCCUGAGCACUGCUGGGUGUGCUCCCCAACCCCAAAAAAUAUUAUGUACAUUAGUAAAGAAUCUUGCCAGGGAUGCAGUUUGGCAGUAGAGUACUUGCCUUAUAUGUAUGAGGACAAGGUUUGACAUUCAGCACAGAAAAAAAAAAAAAGAAUAAUAAUCUUACUCUCAGAAAAUAACAGACAAGAAGUCUUUAGAAUAUUUUUCAGAGAGAAAAAGAAUUACUGAGAAGUAGUUUUGGGUCAGAAGUCUCUCAACUUACUCUUCUGAGUCACUUUAUAAAAAGUUUCCAGAUAUUUACAAUUCCAGCUUUUCCAAGUCAGGCAGCAAUUUUUCAGUGAGCUCAUAAUUUAGGCUUGACAAAGUAAAAGAAAACUUCACAAAACAGGAUAAUCUAAUAAACUCCAAAGUCAAACAUUUUUGGUGACGAGGAGAAAAAGGGAAAAAAUGAUCUAGGUGCAUGUCACCUGCUAGGCUCUUAGCAUCCACCUUUUUGCAGUAUAAAAAUGUUACUAAGAAACUUUUAAUUCCAGGGCUGAAGAGUAAAGCAGGUAGGGUGCUUACCUUGCAGGUGUCUGGCCCUUGUUCUAUCCCCAGUAUCCCAUAUGGUCCCCCAAGCACUGUCAAUAGUAAUUCAUGAGUGCAGAGCCAGGAGUAACCCCUAAGCAUCACCAGGUGUGGCCCCCCAAACAAACAAAGUACAAAACAAAGCAAAACCCCACAAAAAUAGUUUGGCCAGAAGAAGAGUACAGACCAUUAGGAGCUUGCCUUGUGUCCAGCCCACCUGGAUUCAAUUCAUGGAACCCUAUAUGGCUUCGGGGCCUGCCAGGAGUGACCUCUGUGUGCAGAGAGCUAAGAGUAAGUCACAAACACAGCUGGGUGUGGUCCAAAAACAAAAGAAAAAAGAUGGGUUGAGAAGAAUGUACAGGGAUGAGGUACUUGCUUGAAUGCAGCCAAACCCUGGUUGGGUCCUGGUUUGCUUCAGAUGGCUUCCUGGACACCCACAGGAAUAAUCCCGACCAAAAAGCUACGAGGAAACCCAAACACUGCUGGGUGUGACAAUCCCCAAAAAACGAUGAGUGAGGAGCCAGAGAGAUAGUAGAGCAAGUAGGGCACUUGCCUUGCACAUGGACAACCCAGGUUCAAUCCUGGCACCCUUUAUGGUCCCCAAGCUCUGCCCUCAGGAGUGCAAACUCUGAACACACUGAGUGUGGCUUAAAAACAAACAAAAAGAGUGAACAGAAGCUUUUUCAAUGCUUUUUAUCAGAAAAAAAUUCAUACAUCUUGGGGCUGGAGUGAUAGCACAGCAGGUAGGGCGUUUGCCUUGCACGGCGGUGACCCAGGUUCGAAUUCCAGCAUCCCAUAUUGUCCCCUGAGCACCACCAGGGGUGAUUCCUGAGUGCAGAGCCAGGAGUAACCCCUGUGCAUUGCCAGGUGUGACCCAAAAAGAAAAAAAAAAAAAGUCCAUACAUCUACACAAGUAGUUAUUUCCCAGGUACCUCUCCCAAUAUCUGCUGCCAAUAAAAGUUUAUAACUCAGGACAAAGUAGCCCAAAGGGCUGAAGCACAUGCUUUGCAUGUGAGAGACCUGGGUUUAAUUCCAAGCGCUAUGCUGUGUCCUAAGCCAAGCAGAGCAACCCCUAAAUCCUCAAUCCUUGGUGUGGCUCUAGUUCUUCCUCCCAGUCAAAAAAAUUAAAAAAGCAGGAAGGUUUAUCAUUGUUUCUUCGUUGUAGGUUAAACUAUGGCCAUAGUGCUCUGAAAUCAUUACGAAUGUAAAUACUUUUUUUUUUUACACUGCUGAGGAUUGAAGUCAUGGCCUCAGACAGGUAAUCUGUGUGCUUUACCCAUGAGCCACAGACUUAGCC